AUGGACGAUGAGGUGCGACAGCAAAUACUUCAGCGAACUCUGCAGGAGGUGGAUGAGGAGUCUGAUGUCGCCAAUCCCUGUGUCAUUUGUCUAGACAAAAUCACCGAACCCUGCGUGGCACAGCCGUGUCAUCAUGCGAACUUCGACUUCUUGUGCCUCGUCAGUUGGCUGGAGCAACAGCCUACUUGUCCCCUAUGUAAAAGCGAGCUGAUAGCCGUGAAAUACGAACUCCAAGCCCCGCAAGGCCCAAAGCUAUACAAGGUCCCGCCACGAAAUGCGAAGCCCCCCGCCGAAGCAGCGCCUCGGUCACGCCCAGGGCCUCGUCGUGGCCCGCGAGGAGGGCACACCUUUCUACAGCCGCCACGUCCACAGCUAGAUGACCCUCUCGAACGCCGGCGCAAUGUGUAUCGCAACCAAACAUACUCCAUGCGAGUCGGGACCAAUCGCCUAUCGCAAUACCGAGAAAUGACACCAGAGCUCUUCAACCGUGACGAAGAGCUCGCUUCACGGGCUCGGAAAUGGAUUCGCCGUGAACUUAAAGUUUUCAGCUUCUUGAACCCCGAAACGGAAGAGGAAGAGCGGGCGCCUCAGCAAGUGUCGCGCCCCGGGCACCAACGACUGGAGAGUCGCAGAGCGAACAAUGCCGAGUUUCUCCUUGAAUAUGUCAUCGCCAUCCUACGCACAGUUGAUCUUAAAGGUAGUGCUGGACAAGCCGAGGAGCUGUUGCGCGAUUUCAUCGGACGUGAGAAUGCUCGUUUGUUCAUCCAUGAACUACAGGCGUGGCUGAGAAGUCCCUAUACAUCCCUGGAAGACUGGGACCGCCAUGUGCAGUAUCCAAAUUCUGCGCGAGCUACUUCUGACAGAAGACGAGGGGAAUCCCAUCAGUUGGAUCACAGUUCGCGUUCUGUUAGCAAUCGAGGCAGAGCUCAAUCUUUUCGUCGACGGCCAUAUAGAUCACGGUCUCAAGAGGCGCUUGAUCGGUCCAGGCGACUGCAGCAUGCUCAGCAACGAUAUCAUCCAUAUUGA